UGAGCAGUAGAGGGCUUGCAGCAUGGCUUUUUAAAUGGUUGCUAACACUGUUUAAUCUUAUCCGGCUAGUGUGGUGCUUUUUGAGCAAAAUGUCUUGGUCUCAGCAAAUGCUAAAAAUUGUCCGACAGUGUAAUUCAUUUAAUCAGCCAGAAUCACCACGUGCACUUUGCGUCCCCUUUUUCAUCAAGGAUCAACAAGUUGGACUCAUUAUUCCGGAAAUUAUACCAAAAGUUAUUUCAGAGACCGAUGUUUUUGAGGUGGUACGCUCCAAACAAGACCCCACUCUAAUUAGGAAGAUUAAAUUGACAGAUGAUUUUGACACGGUAGUGAAGAGAACGCAAACAAUUAGAGAAAUUCUUGAAGGGUGGCGGAAGCAAGACGUACAUAUUAGUCUACGAGGAUGGAGGAAUGAGUUGUAUUCUGUGAAGACCUUCUAUCAUGAGGCCACUCUUCUUGAGAUGGAAAGAUCAGCAACAUCAUUAUUUGGAGUGAAGCAGUAUGGAUGCCAUUUAAAUGGUUUCUGUAAGACAAGUGAUGGAUUGUCUAUGUGGAUAGGACGCAGGGCCAAGAAUAAGCCAACCUUCCCAGGCAAGCUGGACAAUAUAGCUGCUGGUGGGCUAUCAGCUGGCAUGACAGUGAAAGACUGCAUUGUUAAAGAAUGUGCAGAAGAGGCAUCAAUUCCUGAACAUCUGGCUAAAGAGGCUAAACCAGUCGGUUCUAUAAGUUACUUAUAUCAUAGUGAGCGAGGUGUUUUCCCAGAGACCCAGUUCAUAUUUGACCUUGAGUUACCUUCGACUUUUACCCCUCAAAAUGCUGAUGGUGAGGUCAGUGAGUUCUACCUAUUCAAAAUUGAAGAGGUCAAAGAGAAAAUAGCAUCAGGAGAAUUUAAACCAAACUGCGCUCUUGUUAUUCUGGAUUUUUUAAUUCGCCAUGGUUACAUAUCACCUGACACAGAGCCUUACUACCUCCUAUUCCUCCAAGAAAUCCAUUCAACAUUGGACUUUCCUUUUUCCAGUUGAUAGGCUUCACUCUCCAGACAACAUUAGCCUAGUACAUCCAGACACACUUUAUUAAAAAGCAAGUGAGCCACGAACAAUAGGUGUUGAUGAUGGCCGAACAUGUGAAUAACUGUUACUUAUUGUACAGAUAUUCACAACUGCUGGAGUCCAGCAUAGUCAAGUCAAAUAUGAAAAACAUCACAGUAAUCAGUACAUACUGUAUAAAAAUUUGGAAUGGCGGGAAAAUAUUUUCAAUGAUAACUGAAGAAGAAUAUACAAGUAGUGUAAUUACGCCGUAGUUGAGCUAAACAUGUUGCACUGAAGUCAAUUUAAAAGGAGACCUGUAAGAAGAUCCAUUCAAAUUGUUGAACUUCAGUGGAGAAGAUCAACUCAAGUAUUCAACUUGAGUAGGAGAUAUAGCAAGUUUUGUAUUCCAAAUUCCACACAUAUUGAUUAAAAUGAAAUAAUUAUGUGGUGAUUUAUUGCAUAGUACUUGAUCAAUUCAAUAAAACUCUACAACUGGA